CAGAGAGCUUUUUCCCCAUCCCCUGGCGGCGCACUUCUCAGAAGCCGACCGUCACUCUCAACACCGGCGAGGCUAACGUGCGCACCUCACUCUCUUCUUCGCACCAAUUCUCGAAUGCCACCAUAGACGAGCUUCUUCAAGGGUAUUUUUUGGAUUAGCUUCAAUUUUUUUUCGGAGUACGGCCGUGAAUGGUUGCGGACUUGUUUUCAUACGGGAUUUAUGAGUUACAAGUUCUUGGUGGUUGAGAGGUGGAAAGUGAUGGAGCGUGUUUCAGAUUAUUGGUUGAUAAUUUGUUUUCUCAAGUUGGGUUAGGGUUUCACCAUACAGAUUUGCUGAUAAAUGAUUGAAUGUGGGGUUGAGAAGAUGGAUGGAGACAACAAGAAGUCUGGUUUUAGGAAAAGAACGAAGCCGAAGGAGGGUGUGUUUGACUCAGACGAUGAUGAGCCCAUUGGAUCUCUGCUGAAGUUGAAGAGAUCACGAAACUCCAAGAGGAAUAAGUUGAUUGUAGAGGAUGGUGGUGAAAGGGACAAGAUGGUUGUCAAUAAAGAAGCGAAGUUGCCAGUGAAAGAUGAGGACUUUGGGGGAAUGGAUGAUACUCUAGCAAGUUUCAGAAAGAAGUUGAAGCGUCCUAAAAAGGUUAGUGGAUCUGGAAUUGACAAGGAACAGAGUUAUGCUUUAAGUGUGGCAGAACCUUUGGAUCCAUUGUCGAAUGCCACUAGAGGACAGGGGGUUUUAUAUACGAGGUUUAGGCCAAUGGUUGUGGAAAAUGCUGAAUUGAUGGAUCACGAAGAGUCUAAUCCAUCUGCAAAGAUGGGUGUAGAAAAGUUGUGUAAAGCACCUGAUUUAGAAGAUUCAUUAUCAGCAUUUGUCCAAAAGGUUCAAUCUGGGUCAACUAGGAAAUCAUUGGUACCUACAACGUUCAUACCAGAAUGCAAGGAUGAGGCUUCAGAAGAUAAAUCGAGUCAUUUUUUGGGAGUUGUUUCUGGGGAUCAUGAAGUGAGUCCUAAUUCUUCUGCUAAGCACGAUCAAGUUGUAAAAAAACUGAAUUCUAACGACAGAGUGGCUAAUUCUGAACUUACAACCUCAUAUUUAAUUUCUUGUUCACGUUGCACCAGAGAAAAUUGUAAUCAUGGUCAAGGACUGUGCCGAGGGGUUGGAGGUGAUCAAGAAGAAUGUCAACACAGUCUAAAUAAUAAUGAGAAUUGUGACAUCAGACCGGGCAGAUCAAAUGAAUUUGCUGAUGAAGAUAGCAAACACUGUAGUCAUAUUCAAUUUAGGGACAAUUUCCAGGGGCCUGAAAGUAAAGCCACCUGUGAAAUCAACAAGGGACUAAAGCAUUGUUCAAGUGGCGAUACAAUGGGGCAUAACUCUUUGGCAGAAAUGGCUUCUUCUCAGGAUGGGCUAGGUGCAAAUCAUCUUAAUGAAAACAGGUGCAAUUCUUGUAGUGUUCUAGAACAGGUAAAUGGAAACCAUGGCCUUUAUAGUUUAAAUACUGGAACUGAGAAGCCAAACAUUACAGUUGAUUCUAUGCAGAAUGAAAAUGCUCCUAUCUCUCAUCGGAGUUUGGACUCAACUGCUGUUCAAUUUCACAGAUCCCAAAAAUCUUGUGCAACUACUUCUGGACCAAAUUAUCCAGAAGUUUGUACUAUUGGUAAUUUCAGCACAGUAUCAUCGGAUAUUAGUCAAGCUGCCAAGGCUUCCAUUGGGAUAGAUGGUCUGAAUCAUGAUAAUAUACUUGCUGGUAAAGAGGUUAAGGCAUCUUCUCCAGGGUCUUUGACUCCAGAUUACAAUGACCUUGAGGAUGCAGUAUCAGUUCCUGGUAGCGAAAAAGAUUACAAGCUUUCUGCUGGGCAACGUACGACACGCAAAACAAAGAAGCCCAGACAUGAUGACAUGGCUUAUGAAGGAGAUAUUGAUUGGGAGGUUUUGAUUAAUGAGCGUGCAGUUGAUAGUGACCAUUCUUUCAGAUCAAGAAGGGAUUCUGCAUCAACAUCUUUUACAGAAGCUGAAACUGGGGGCAGAGCUGCAGUAUCUGCAGGGCUUAAAGCUCAUGCAAUUAGUCUACUUGAGAAGAUCAAAUUUAAGGAAGUGCUAAAGCGCAAAGGUGGGCUUCAAGAGUACUUAGCAUGCAGGAAUAAGAUCCUAGGCCUUUGGUGUAAAGAUGUUAAUCGCAUUUUGCAUCUCGUUGACUGUGGGGUCUCUGAUACUCCUUCUGUGGAUGAACCACCACGUUCUUCCCUUAUCAGGGAGAUCUAUGCGUUUCUUAAUCUACGUGGUUAUAUCAAUGCGGGGAUUGCUUCUGAGAAAGCCAAAUCAGAACCUGACUUUAAGCACGAUUAUGAAAUGGGAGAAAAGAAACUUGGAGACGUUACUGUAUCUUUGCCUGCUGAUUCUGAGGACGGAGUUUCUGUCAUCGUUAAAAAUUCUGAUGGUCUUGAAGCAGAGAACAAUCUUUCAGCUGUCUGUGAAGAACUAAUGCUGGAAAACAUGAAAGGAAGUGACCUUGUGACUGUGAGUAAUUUGGAGUUACCAAAACCAGUGGAACAUGAAGAAUUGGUUCAUGACUUGGAGAACAGUACUCUUGACCCUAUACCAGGAAAGUUGGUAGGUAUGGAUGUUCCAGGUAAAGCUGGGUUGCACGCAAUCCACUCCUCUGAUGAGUGUGUAGGAGGUGAUCAACAACGACAGAGUAAUUCAGAAGUCAGUAAGAAAGUAAUUGUUAUUGGAGCUGGUCCUGCUGGUUUAACUGCUGCCAAGCACUUGCAACGUCAGGACUUUACUGUCACCGUACUUGAAGCCAGGAAUAGAUUAGGAGGCCGUGUUCAUACAGAUCGCUCCUCUCUUUCUGUUCCGGUAGAUCUUGGGGCAAGUAUUAUUACAGGAGUUGAGGCUGACGUUGCAACUGAAAGAAGACCUGAUCCUUCCUCAUUGAUCUGCACUCAAUUGGGCCUCGAGUUGACUGUAUUAAAUAGUGACUGCCCCCUCUAUGAUAUCAUUACAUGCAAUAAAGUUCCAGUAGACAUGGAUGAAGCUUUGGAGGCAGAAUAUAAUAGUCUUCUUGAUGACAUGGUGUUGCUUGUUGCACAAAAAGGAGAGCAUGCAAUGACCAUGUCUCUUGAGGAGGGUUUAGAAUAUGCCCUUAAGCGACGACGCAUGGCUCGAUUGGAAAUGGAUAUUUGUUCUGAGGAAGAGGUUUUGAGUCCCUUUGAGAGGAGAGUUAUGGAUUGGCAUUUUGCUAACUUGGAGUAUGGUUGUGCUGCUAUGCUCAAGGAAGUAUCUCUUCCUCAUUGGAAUCAGGAUGAUCUUUAUGGUGGUUUUGGAGGAGCUCAUUGUAUGAUUAAAGGGGGUUAUAGCACUGUUGUUGAGUCUCUUGGUGGAGGACUUAAUAUUCACCUGAAUCAUGUUGUGGCCGAUAUUUCUUAUGGUACCGAUGAGAACAGGUUAAAUGAAAAUCAGUGUGCAAAGGUAAGAGUUUCCACAACCAAUGGCUGUGAGUUUCUAGGAGAUGCUGUCCUUAUCACCGUGCCUCUUGGGUGCUUGAAAGCAGAAACAAUUAAGUUUUCCCCACCAUUACCCCACUGGAAGCGUCUGUCUAUCCAGCGUCUUGGUUUUGGAGUUCUCAACAAAAUAGUUCUUGAAUUUCCAGAAGUUUUUUGGGAUGACUCUGUAGAUUAUUUUGGGGCAACCACAGAGGAAACAGAGUGGAGGGGGCAGUGUUUCAUGUUUUGGAAUAUUAGAAAAACAGUUGGUGCUCCUGUUCUAAUAGCACUGGUGGUUGGUAAGGCGGCCGUAGAGAGGCAAUUUAUGAGCCCUUCUGAUAAUGUAAACCAUGCAUUAAUGGUUCUUCGAAAACUUUUUGGAGAGGCUGUGGUGCCUGAUCCAGUUGCAUCUGUGGUAACUGAUUGGGGAAGAGAUCCAUUUAGCUACGGGGCUUACUCUUAUGUUGCUGUUGGAGCGUCUGGAGAGGACUAUGACAUUUUAGCCAGGCCUGUCGGUAACUGUUUGUUUUUUGCUGGCGAAGCUACUUGCAAGGAGCACCCUGACACUGUUGGGGGUGCAAUGAUGAGUGGAUUAAGAGAGGCUGUGCGCAUGAUUGAUGUAUUGAGCACUGGUUAUGAUUAUACUGCAGAAGUAGAGGCAAUGGAAGCUGCUCAGAGGCAGUCUGAGUGUGAGAAUGAUGAAGUUGGUGACAUAAUUACAAGGCUUGAUGCUGUUAAGCUUUCUGAUGCUCUAUACAAGAAUUCUUUGGAUGGUUCCAGGAUUUUGACCAUGGAGUCUUUACUACAUGACUUGUUUUUUAGUGCAAAAACGACAGCAGGAAGAUUGCAUGUGGCAAAAGAGUUGUUGAGUCUCCCUGUUGAGACCUUGAAGUCCUUUGCAGGAACCAGAGAAGGUCUUACAGUUCUCAACUCAUGGAUUCUGGACUCAAUGGGGAAGGAUGGAACCCAACUUCUUCGGCACUGUGUUCGUAUUCUUGUGCUAGUUUCAACUGAUCUGAUUGCAGUUCGCUCAUCAGGCAUAGGUAAAACUGUCAGAGAAAAGGUAUGUGUGCAUACAAGCCGUGACAUUCGUGCCAUUGCAAGUCAGUUGGUUAGCAUUUGGCUUGAAGUCUUCCGUAAAGAAAAGGCUGCUAAUGGGGGGUUUAAACUCUCAAAGUCAGUUUCCACUGUAGAAUCAUUGAAGAGAAAAUCCAAUAAGGAUGCUUCUUCUGGGAAACCUCCUCUGCAUGCAAACAACAGUGCUGUGGAUAGUAGAGGCAAUUUGCUGACUUCUGGAUCAGCUGGAAUUCUCUUGCCUUCUGAUGUGAACAUGAAAAAUGAUAAUAGCAAGCAAUUAAGAUUAGAAAUGGAAAAUUCGUCAAAAUCAGAUAUCAGUUCAUCGAGGUCAAGGGGUUCAUUCGGAAAGCAGGAUGUGGAGAUGGAAGACAACAACGCUGCUAUGACAGAAGAAGAGCAGGCUGCCUUUGCUGCUGCUGAGGCAGCACGUGCAGCAGCACUUGCAGCUGCGAAGGCUUAUGCAUCUUCCGAAGCUAAGUGUGUACUGCAGCUCCCGAAAAUACCCUCAUUUCACAAAUUUGCUAGAAGGGAGCAUUAUGCGCAAAUGGAUGAGUGUGAGUAUAAAAGGAAGUUGUCUGGCAGUGUUCUGGGAAGACAAGAUUGUAUAUCAGAAAUUGAUUCAAGGAAUUGCAGGGUCAGGAACUGGUCUGUGGAAUUUUCUGCUGCUUGUGUUAACCUUGAAAGUUCACGAAUGUCUGCAGAUAACCUUUCGCAAAGAAGCCAUUCAAAUGAGAUCAUUAGCCAGUUAAACUUCAGGGAGCACUCUGGUGAAAGCGCUCCCGUGGAUAGUAGUAUAUAUACUAAAGCAUGGGUUGAUACAGCUGGUAGUGUUGGAAUGAAAGAUUAUCAUGCUAUUGAGAGAUGGCGAUCUCAAGCAGCUGCAGCUCAUGUAAAUGAUGAGGAGGAUUCAAACACAACUUGGAAAAAACCCACUUGGAAUAGUGAGCAAGUAGCGAAUGAGAGCUCAAUUUCACAAGUGACAAUCAAUAAGGAGCCUGUAAGAAACCAUCAUCGUGGGGCUGACAGAAUUAAGCAGGCCGUAGUUGAUUAUGUCGCAUCACUCUUGAUGCCUCUUUACAAAGCAAGAAAGAUUGACAAGGAUGGAUACAAGUCAAUUAUGAAGAAAAGUGCAACCAAGGUCAUGGAACAGGCUACUGAUGCAGAGAAAGGGAUGACUGUUUCUGAGUUUCUUGAUUUUAAACGUAGGAACAAGAUUCGUGCCUUUGUAGACAAGUUAAUAGAGAGGCAUAUGGGGAUGAAGCCAGUAAUGAAGUCGUGACAGUCCCAAGGAUUAGUUGUCAUUUUCUUGGUUGGUAAUGAAGUCGUGAUGGUCCCAAGGAUCAACUGGACUGGCUUUCUCAGUGAGCUUCUCGAGACUUAAUGGAUUGUUCAUUUUAUUAUGGGAAGACACCAAGGUAUAAGUUGGCGUGAAAGACUUACUUGGCGCCUAAUUUACAUUUCCAGUGCACCUUAUUUUCUGAAGCUGCAAUUUGAGAAAUAUGACAUUUGUACCUGUUUAAUCACGUUGUGGAGUUUCCAUGAUCUACCAAGAUUUUGGUGCGUGCUGUCGGAUAUGAUUAUAAUUGGUACCUGGUGUUAAAUGUGAUUAUUAUUGGUACCGCGGUACAGCCUAAUGCUGGAUAAUUUUUGGCAUGGUAUGCAUUUCUGCCACUCCUUGGCCCCACACCAGGUGUCUUUUGCUAGCUCAUUUGGAUUCUGAGCGCCUGUUGAAGAAAACAUCACAUUGUACUAUAAGGGUGAAAGAUAAAGCCCUUCAGUUUUUAGUGAUGGACCUUAGGUUAUGCUUCAUUUUCUUUUCCACCUUUUCCCUCUCGACCUGUACAGCUUAGAAUUAUUUCAUUGACAACAAUCACACAGUAAUUUUCAUUUAUUUGCAAAAAUUUGGCUCAAUCCUUAUGAUUGAACAUUGUAAUUUACCUGUCUCUCUUUGAAUAUAUUAACUAAAGGUGCCUUCUAGGCCAUUUUUCCUAUCUAA